AGAGGAGAGAUUGAGGGGGUUGAAAAGAGAGGCAGAGGAGCACGGAUGAAGCUGAGGGUAACAGAGGCUCCUGAGAUUCUCCAGCUCAAGAAGAAGUGACAGGCCUGAGGUCUUGACGGCGUCCAAACCAGUUUGAGGAUUCUGCAUCAGCAUACGACCGACUGGUGGCAGCUCUGGCUGAGGUGUGGAGAAGUGGAUAUUGAGCAUAUAAGAAGCCGCUUGGUGGCAACUCAAGUCUGCACAUCCACCCAGUGCUUGCUGGACUCCUCAUUGAGGAUUGUAGAAUCCCUUGAUGCCCCAUGAGAUGUGAGGUGUUCUACAAGAAGACUUAAUGAAGAUUUGUAGCGGCCACACUUUCACUGAAGAAACAUAAUUAAAGCACCUAAAUCUUGUCUAAAUUCAGAGCGAUGCUUUUACUUCCCUCUCCACCCUGUCUUACUCCCCACUCUGCCUUUUGCGUUGCACUGCUGCUUCUCGUCCACUGGGGGCCCUCGGGGGUCAGAUGCCAGAAUGACACCGAGCCGAUCGUGUUGGAGGGAAAGUGCCUGGUGGUGUGCGACUCGACGCCCUCAGCAGAGCCGUCGGGUAACGCUCUGGGACUGUCGGUGAGGUCGGGAAGUGGACGGGUGGCGUUUUCGGCCAUCCGUAACACCAACCACGAGCCGUCGGAGAUGAGCAACCGCACCAUGACCAUCUACUUUGAUCAGAUCCUAGUAAACAUUGGCAGCCAUUUUGAUCCCGCGAGGAGCAUCUUUGUGGCCCCCAGGAAAGGAGUCUACAGUUUCAGCUUCCACGUGGUCAAAGUGUACAACCGGCAAACCAUACAAGUGAGCUUGGUCCUCAAUGGCUGGCCUGUGAUCUCAGCCUUCGCAGGUGACCAGGACGUGACCAGGGAAGCUGCCACGAACGCCGGACUGGUGAUGAUGGAGCGAGGGGACAAGACUUACCUCAAACUGGAGCGGGGGAACCUGAUGGGAGGGUGGAAGUACUCCACCUUCUCUGGGUUCCUGGUGUUCCCCUUGUAAGGUUGGUCGAGGUUGUCACAGCCAAACAGAGCACAGUAUAAAAUAAAGACUUUACUUUAAGGCUCCUUGACGCGACGGAGGAAGUGUCAAAAAAGACAUUUAAAUGCUUAGAUGCGGCUUCAUAGGUGUCAAAUGGAUGAGUGAAUUCACUUUGGAUCAUUUCAAUGAAUGUAAUCUUCAUUUAUAUUCCACUUUUAUGGCUUAUGACGCUUUUCUGCGAUACAGUUCUAGCUCUACCCGGCUCAACUCGGCUCGGUUUGGUAUCAGACACAUAAUUUUCCAUUACUUCUUAUGGAGCAUUUCCACCGGCUCUACUCGCCUCGGCACGGCAUGACACGGCACGAUUAGGUUGCAUCUCCACUACAAAAAAGUACCUACUUAACGUGGGCGGAGUCAUCACUGCACGGCUGAGUGAAACCGCAGUGAGACUUCUGUAGUUGUUGGAGAUUAACCCACGUUUUUAGGAUUGUUAAGUAGUUUUAACUGAUCUACAAUUUGGCACUGUUCGGCUUGAUUUCUGUCCACACGUCUCCAGAGUACCGGAGUACAGCCUCCUACUCCACAGACUACAGCGGCAGCGGUCUGUGAUCCCACUCGCGAUCGCCGGCGCUGUCCCUAAAUACACCACUCCACUUUAAAAGACUCCUGUUAAAUAUAGAGGUUUCCCUGGUAGUUGUUGGCGAUUAACCCACGUUGUUGGGAUUGUUAAGUAGUUUUAAGUUAUCUACAGUUCGGCGCUGUUCGGCUUGACUUGUGUGUGGGAGGUCGCUUCCUGUGACGGGACUCUGGCCAGUCAGCGGCCGGCAGUCUGACCAAUCAUCGCAUAGUACCCACUUAAAAAUAUGCAAGACCACGAGAAACUAUGCUAGUGGAAACGCUACUUAAAUGGUGCCGUGGCAAGGCGAGGCGAGCCGGUGGAAAUGCGCCAAUAGUACCUCCUCAGCGGGGGCGGGGUAAUUUUAUACACAACACAAAUGAUCCACUAUUAACUUUUUAACAGUUUUGGGUGUAACUGAAUCAUUACAAUCAGUUCAUUAAAAAGAUUUGUUCACAGAAUUGUUCAGUACUUCCUGCAUGACCGGAGCACAGACUCCAUCUGGCACAGUCACUGAACUGAAACACGCCAAAUACACCAGAUUUCUCUGUUAAAUGUUUGGAUUUGAGACAUUUCCUUUGCUAAAUGUUGGAGAUUAACGCAUGUUUUCAGGAUCUUUAAGUCUUUUUAACUGAUCUACAGUUCGGCAUUGUUCGGCCCGCUGACAGUCCGUCGAAGUCACAUUUCAGUAUCGGCCCAGCACGCUUAGAACCUCGCCAGAGCAGGUACUAAAAAAAACACCAGGUACCAGUUACUAUCACUAACGGAAAAGCAAAGAAAAGUUGAGUCGUGCUAGACCUGUGUAAUGGAAAAGCGCCAUUAUUGUGUGGUGUCUGACGACUGUAAUGUGUCCUCCACGUUGCCCUCGGUGUCGUCCUGUGUGAGGUUUGUGAAUUUCCCUUUAGUGCAUGAAAACAUAAAACAUAAAGGCGAUAAUCGUGUCUGUUCUCUUCCAAACACUUUGUAUCUUUAUGUGUCAGUAUAUAUCUAUGAAUUUAGUGCUCACUGGUCGUUGAUGAAGGAAAAAACAUGAAUGUAGCUUUACUGACCCUCGUUGAGCCAACUGUCUGUACUACUUGAGGGAUUGUGUGGAAUAUAAGUACACUUGGUUUGUUCUGA